ACCAUUACCUCCACCACCACCAUUACCUCUACCACCAUUACGUCUACCACCACCAUUACCUCCAUCACCACCAUUACCUCCACCACCACUACCAUUACCUCCACCACUACCACCAUUACCUCCACCACUACCACCAUUACCUCCACCUCCACCACCAUUACCUCCACCACCACCACCAUUACCUCCCCUACCAUUACCUCCACCAUCACCAUUACCUCCACCACCACCACCAUUACCUCCACCACCACCACCAUUACCUCCACCACCACUACCAUUACCUCCACCACCACUACCAUUACCUCCACCACUACCAUUACCUCCACCACCACCAUUACUUCCACCACCACCAUUACCUCCACCACCACCACCAUUACCUCCACCACCACUACCAUUACCUCCACCACCACUACCAUUACCUCCACCACCAUUACCUCCACCACCACCAUUACCUCCACCACCACCACCAUUACCUCCACCACCACUACCAUUACCUCCACCACCACCAUUACCUCCACCACCAUUACCUCCACCUUCACCAUUACCUCUACCACCAUUUCCUCCACCACCAUUACCUCCACCACCACUACCACUACCUCCACCACCACUACCAUUACCUCCACCACCACCAUUACCUCCACCACCACCACCAUUACCUCCACAACCACCACCAUUACCUCCACCACCACCAUUACCUCCACCACCACCACCGUUACCUCCACCACCAUUACCUCCACCAUCACCAUUACCUCCACCACCACCACCAUUACCUCCACCACCACCACCAUUACCUCCACCACCACUACCAUUACCUCCACCACCACUACCAUUACCUCCACCACUACCAUUACCUCCACCACCACCAUUACCUCCACCACCACCAUUACCUCCACCACCACCACCGUUACCUCCACCACCACCACCAUUACCUCCACCACCACCACCGUUACCUCCACCACCACUACCAUUACCUCCACCACCACUACCAUUACCUCCACCACUACCAUUACCUCCACCACCACCAUUACCUCCACCACCACCAUUACCUCCACCACCACCACUACCUCCACCACCACCACCACCAUUACCUCCACCACCAUUACCUCCACCACCACCACCAUUACCUCCACCACCACCACCAUUACCUCCACCACCACCACCAUUACCUCCACCACCACUACCAUUACCUCCACCACCACCACCAUUACCUCCACCACCACCACCAUUACCUCCACCACCACCACUAUUACCUCCACCACCACCACCAUUACCUCCACCACCACCACCAUUACCUCCACCACCACCAUCAUUACCUCCACCACCACCACUAUUACCUCCACCACCACCAUCAUUACCUCCACCACCACCACCAUUACCUCCACCACCACCACCAUUACCUCCACCACCACCACCAUUACCUCCACCACCACCACCAUUACCUCCACCACCACCACCAUUACCUCCACCACCACCACCGUUACCUCCACCACCACUACCAUUACCUCCACCACCACUACCAUUACCUCCACCACUACCAUUACCUCCACCACCACCAUUACCUCCACCACCACCAUUACCUCCACCACCACCACCAUUAACUCCACCACCACCACCACUACCUCCACCACCACCACCACCAUUACCUCCACCACCAUUACCUCCACCACCACCACCAUUACCUCCACCACCAUUACCUCCACCACCACCACCAUUACCUCCACCACCACUACCAUUACCUCCACCACCACCACCAUUACCUCCACCACCACCACCAUUACCUCCACCACCACCACUAUUACCUCCACCACCACCACCAUUACCUCCACCACCACCACCAUUACCUCCACCACCACCACCAUUACCUCCACCACCACCACUAUUACCUCCACCACCACCACCAUUACCUCCACCACCACCACCAUUACCUCCACC